AAUCUGGACCGAAAGGAAAGAAAAGAAUACCCCCCUCAUUUUCAGAAGAUAGAAAUUGACGCUAUUAGAUUAUCUCGGCCUCAUUUGGUGGAAAGUAUAAUGGAGAACACAGAAGAGUCAGGAUCAGAAUCGGAAUCUGAAAUUAAGAGGAAGGUACAACAGAAACGUCACUGCAGUUCAUGUCAAUCUGAUUUGCCUCUGUCUCCUGCUACAAAAAACUGUUUAACCCACUUAGAGGAUUUGGAACCAACUGAUUAUUCCACACUUUGUUCAGGCUGUGAAAAGACAAAUGAAAAUCAGACCAAAUGCCAAAGUUAUGGAAAUGUUUUCUGUAAGGAUUUGCAACGACGCUCCAAACAAACUGUGUCAUUAAGUGAAUCUCUGAGACCUUUAUUGCGAUCUUCAAUACAUCAGAAUUCAACAGGGCAAAAAUCUCCAGGUACAGGAUUGAACACACAGAAGUUCUAUGGCUCUGCUGGUGGGAAGGGUCCAGUUGAUAUCAUACUGAGUAAUGAUAUUAUAGGACAUUCUAUGUCACGACCAAAUGGAAAAGUUGGUCUCUUAACUGGGACAAAAAAUCCUAAAAGUUCAGGAAACUUAAGACAGAGGAAUACAAGACCAUCUGAACUAAAUGAUCCGAUUAUUUUGUCCAGUGACGACGAGGAGGAUGACGAUGACGACGACGACAGUGGCAGCACUAACAGAAUGGAAAGCACAUCGCCUCGACCUGCAGAUUCAGCUCGUUCUUCCCCAGCGCCUUCCACAGGAAAGGUGGAAGCAGCAUUAAAGGAAAAUACUUCUGGAAUAGAACAGAGACUAAGUACUGUUGCAGCAGACACAGAAAUUGCCAUCACAUUACCAAGAAAAGCAAGAAUGAAAGAUCAGUUUGGCAACAUUGUAUCUAACACACCAGUAAAACGUCGUAAAGUUACUUCUCAAGAAGUAACUGAUGCUGUACCUAUAAAUUACCAAAACUCAUGGGAAAGCGUCAUUCUACACUGUCGAAGUAUACGAAUAGGAACCCUUCGAAGAAUGGUUGUGGAACCUGUGAUUUUUUGCCUUGAUUUUAUCAAGAUACGUCUUGAAGAGUCAGAAAGUGAUUCCCGAGAGAUUAAUUUAAAAACUUCUGAACUUACCAAAUGUGAGUGGUGUGGUGUCCGAAAGUUACCAGUAGUGUUUCUGCAAACAGUACCUGCUGCCUGUCUUAGCCUGAGAUCCCAACUGAAGAUGAGUAGGGAGAAGGAUAAUGUCUGGUAUGACUGUAAAGGAGUGAAUCCAGAAGAACAGUACAUUGUUCUGAUUUUUGAGACUGGGCUUGAUGCUCAUGGAAAUACAAUAUUUGAAAAAAUCGUUGCUGAGAUUGGUAUCCGGAAUAAUAUUUCUGAUUUCUUUGUGAAAAUUCCAUUUGAAGAAGCCAAUGGUAGGCUUGUGGCCUUUACAAAAUCCUUGGAAGACAACUCCAAAGGAAGUGCUGCUUCUCUUAAAGAAAACAAAAUAAAAAAUGUUGUCUCUGAAUCCAAAAUACAGCUGCGAAAUGCAUCUCCGUUUCAAUUUUUUGAUGAUGAUGAAAUUGGAGAGCCACAUACAGUCUUUAUCGGUCCUAUAGAAAAGUUGAUAGUUUAUCCACCUCCUCCUGCUAAAGGUGGUAUUUCUGUGACCAAUGAAGACCUCCAUUGCCUAAAUGAAGGAGAAUUUUUAAAUGAUGUUAUUAUUGAUUUUUAUUUAAAGUAUUUGGUCCUAGAAAAACUGAAAAAAGAAGAUGCUGACAGAAUUCAUGUUUUCAGUUCAUUUUUCUAUAAACGCCUUAAUCAAAGAGAGAGAAGAAAUCUUCAUGAAACUGCAAAUCUAUCUGCUCACUGGUUUUUAGCUGUCAUCUGUUUUCCUGGUUUAGAAAAACCCAGAUAUGAACCAAAUCCCCACUACCAUGAAAGUGCACCAAUGCAAAUAAAAGCAUCCUCUUCAGAGAGAGAGAACAGCACUCCAUCUCCUUUGCCAAAUGAAUUGGAUUCAUCUUCACAAAGCUCUCCUUCCAAGUCUACAGUAAAGAGAACACUGAACAAAAAACUUCCUGUAGCUUUAACUGACACAAACAGGGAAAUGGAGGACAGUGAGUCGCUAUAUUGUAGAAGAAGCCCUUGUAGGGGAAAAAGUGGAAUUAAAAAGGUAAAUCAAAUAGACAGUGAUUCAGAAGAACCUAGGACCGUGGAAUCUGCACGUCGUAAACUUGAUCAUAGGACUGCCGACGAGAAUGGCGUACAGAGUGAAUACACAACUGCUGUACAACCUUUGGAUGGCUUGCACAAAAUCAGACUGAACUAUAGCGAAGACUCCACUGAUGGCAGUAAAUUAAAUGAAGAUGAGCUUAUAGAUUUUUCUGAAGAUCAAGAUAACCAGGUAAAGAACUUAAUAAUGUUGUUUAAAUAUUUGGAAGUAGAAUGGGAAGUCAGAAAAGGCAAAAGAAGUUUCUCCAAAGAUGUCAAAGGCUCUAAUUCAAAAGUGCCACAACAGAACAACUUCAGUUGUGGAGUGUAUGACUGCAAUAUGUGGAGAGCUCUUUUUGAGAAUCCCAUUCUCAAUUUUGAGCUACCAAUGAACUUAACAGACUGGUUUCCACGCCCCAGAAUGAAAACUAAACGAGAAGAAAUACGAAACAUAAUCCUGAAAUUGCAGGAACAGCAGAACAAAGAAAAGAAGGGACAGAAGGACCUACAUUCACCAGAAGGAUCUCUGCAGGAAGGAACAGAACAAUUUAUCAACAGUAGCUCAGACUAAAUAUUAUGUCUGUUGCAUGUUAGCUCUGCAGUCAAAAACUGAAAUAUAUUUUCUUUGUCUGCCCAGACUAAAGAAUUGGAGUAUUCUCUGCCCAAAAGUUAUCUGGGAAUGUUAAUGCCUGUAUAAAUGUGUCAUAAAAGGAAUACAUUCCCAAAAAGAUAUGUAUUAAGUAAACAAGUUUGUACAUAUGUUAAUGAGGCCAACUUUUUCAGCAUUUGUAAUUAAUUUUUUUCACUUGUUAGGAGCUUUUGUUAUGUAUUUCUGUUAAUAGAACUUAAAUAGCCACUUCUAAACAUAAAGCAAAUAAAGAAAAUAUUUAUAGGAUGAAAUGGUUAACUUUUUUCCUUUUUCAGUAAAAUUGUCAUGUAACACAUAGGGGAUGAUCUGGUAGCAAGAUAAUUAAUUCAUAUUGUGACUUUUACAUUUGCCCUUAGAAGAUUAUUCUGCUUGAUCUACAAACCAUGAGUAUGUGUCAAAGUGCACUGUGACCCCAGAGAGGGUAAUUCACAUGCUCACAUACAGUAACCAAAUGUAAGCAAUGUAAUUGUUAAAUAGGAAUGCUUCAGAUUUGGGGUUGAGAAGAUUGCUGUUUAAAAAAAGAAAAAAACACAGUUGCUCUUUGACCAGAGAUUACUACUCAAGCAGUAUUAUAACUGUUUCAAAUAAAGUGAUCUUGAGUGAUACUAUUAAAUCAUAUUUUGUGAAUCCCAGAUGUUGUACAGUUGUAUUUUGAAAUUUCCCUCACUAUAAAAUUGUAUUUUGGUAAGUGUACUUGGAUAGCAGAUUGCCUACAUUACAUUUUCUAUGUUACAAUUCUGAAUGUCACAUUCAUAUGUGCUUUAUCUAAGUAAUGAACAUUUUCAAAUGUAUGAUUGCUAUUUUUUGUAAUGUCCACACCAAAAAAUACCAAAAUAUCAGUGUUCAUUGCUUGCUUAUUUGUUUGUUCUUGAUUCUAGGUAGCAUCAAACUAAGCUGUUUAGAAAUAAUACGUUUAUUUGGAUAUUUUCACAGUAUAAUCUGAUUUUAAACAAUAUAAAAACAUAGCCUUAUGAAGCCAGCAUUUCUUGUAGUACAAAACGAAGCCACUACCUUGCACAGCCCUUUAAAUAUUAAAAAGGUUUUGUUAUGCAGAUGAGAGAAUAAGAACUGUUGUUGCAAGGGUCUUGAAUAAUUCAGUCCUUCCUUAACAUUAAUUAAUUUAUAUACAGGGAGGGUGAAAUUGCCCCCUCCCAUUUAAAAAAAUAAUCUGCAGGAGAGGUGGGGAAAACAAAGGUUCCCCCCACCCCACCCUGCAGUGUUUUCUCCAAGUUCUUUGAUUGAUGAGGGUGCUUUGCUGCCCCCUUCUGUUGUCAAAGAGCCAGGGAAUUCAGCUCCCAAGCCCUGUGACUCCGCUGAGUUCAGCUAGAGACACUGGACCAUCCACAUGUAAACUUGUGCUUCUGCAUCAGUUUUUCACACACUAGACCCCAGCAGCAUUACCAAAUAACUCGUCCUGCCAGGGAAAUCCUGCGCAGAUAGUUUUCAGUGAACCCACCCUUCAAAUAGGAUUUCUCAGAAAGGUACCAUGAUUGCACAACCUUGGGAUGUUACCUUUUGCACAGCUUGGUCAUGGGAUAUGGGGGAGGUUCUGUACAUUUCCCCUCACCUCUUUUCUCCAUGCAUGAACCCUGGACCACACGGAGCCCUCAGAGGGGCCUGGGAAAAUGUGGAUGCUACUUAUGUAUGUUAGGGAAGAUGUGUACACAGAGAUUUUCCUUUGCAUACAAGUGUGGUUUAACCUCUCGUGCAUAAUAUUAAAUAUGUAACACACACAACUUUAGUCAUGUCCUGCAUUCUUGCCAUUGUCUGGGAAAGUCAAUGAUAAAAACAGGGUCAGAAAGAAGACAGGAGGGAUGGGAAGACAAUAAACAGUGUAACUAACAAUCUAGAAUAGUUGCUUAUACAAACGCAAGUAAAAUCAAAGAUACGGGGGGAAUAUUGAGAUCUAGAUAUACUUGCAAAUAGAAAACAUUUUAUACCUUCUCAAUCCAGUCUUCCAAUUUUUCCCCAAUGAAACAUUCUAAUUAAAUAUAAUAUAUCGUAAUGUCAAUAUAGCACUGUUCCUUUUAUAAUAAUUGUGGUACAGCUUUCAGGGUUUCUGAUACUUUAGAACUACUUCCAUUCUAUUCCUAGGAAUGGGCUAGAGCUUAUUUUUCCCACUUGGGAUGCCUGAUUUAUCAUUUAAUGUUAAAUCUUGAGACCUUCCGUCAUGCAGCAAACUAAUACAUAUGUUGAAUAUAGAAAGAAUUUUAUUUUUUUAAUAAAAUGUGAUAGAAAAAUACAGAAUUAAGAAUUUGACUUAUUUAAAACAUUGAAUCAGAUUAUACGAACUUAUGUAUGUGUGAUGUUUGUUUUAGAGAAUUACAUGUUUUGAUAGUUUGAGGGAAUUCACCACUGAUCAUUUGGGACCAGUUUUAUUUUACAAAAGUUAAUGCAAAAAACUGAAUAUUUAAAUAUCCACUUUAAUUAUUUGUGUCAUAUAUUAAAAAAACGUUUUAAGU